GAGUGCCAGUCUGAAGCACAGCAAUUGUCAAGGCAAAACAUCCCAGAGGGGUAAGAGGAGACUUGUGGUAAAUAAGGCAAGAAUGCGCAGCAGCAACUUGGAUCUCUGCUUAUUCAGUCCCUGAGACACGACUACUCCUCUCAGCUUAUUUUAGCUUCAAAUUUGCUCAAGUGCUCCGGUGAGUCCAGAGACAGAAAAUUUUCCUCCUGUGACUCAAAAGAACUCCAGAGAGAAGAGAGGACUCUAGAAAAGUGGGAGAGCAGAUCAGGAGCACACAUGGUGGGCCACCAAGAAUGCACCAUAGAAGAGGAUACAAGGGACAAGCGCACCCCCGAAUUCAGGUGCAAGACCCUGACUGCACCUGCCCCAUUUGCAGAUGAAACCAGCUGCCAGUGCCAAGCACCCCAUGAAAAACUGACUAUUGCUCAGGCCCGCCUAGGAACACCAGCUGACAGGCCCGUCAGAGUGUAUGCAGAUGGAAUAUUUGACCUCUUCCACUCAGGUCAUGCAAGGGCACUUAUGCAAGCAAAAACACUGUUUCCCAACAGCUACUUGUUGGUAGGAGUCUGCAGUGACGACCUCACCCACAAAUUUAAAGGUUUCACUGUGAUGAAUGAAGCAGAGAGAUAUGAAGCUCUCAGACACUGUCGCUAUGUGGAUGAAGUCAUCAGAGAUGCUCCGUGGACACUCACACCAGAGUUCCUGGAAAAGCAUAAGAUUGACUUUGUGGCCCACGAUGACAUUCCAUACUCUUCCGCUGGCUCUGAUGAUGUUUACAAGCAUAUCAAGGAAGCAGGAAUGUUUGUUCCAACACAGAGAACGGAAGGCAUCUCAACAUCAGACAUCAUCACCAGAAUUGUCCGGGACUAUGAUGUUUAUGCUCGACGUAACCUCCAGAGAGGAUACACAGCCAAGGAACUGAAUGUUAGCUUCAUAAAUGAAAAGAAAUACCGCUUCCAAAACCAGGUAGACAAGAUGAAGGAAAAGGUCAAGAAUGUGGAGGAAAGAUCAAAGGAAUUUGUUAACAGAGUGGAAGAAAAGAGUCAUGAUCUAAUUCAGAAGUGGGAAGAGAAAUCGAGGGAAUUCAUUGGCAACUUCCUAGAAUUGUUUGGGCCCGACGGAGCAUGGAAGCAGAUGUUCCAGGAGAGGAGUAGCCGGAUGCUGCAGGCCUUGUCCCCGAAGCAGAGCCCCGUGAGCAGCCCCACCAGGAGCCGGUCCCCCUCCCGCUCCCCGUCGCCCACCUUCUCGUGGCUCCCAAACAAAGCUUCUCCCCCCUCCUCGCCCAAAGCAGCCUCGGCCUCCAUCAGCAGCUUGAGCGAGGGGGACGAGGAUGAGAAGUAAAAGCUGCUGGCAGACAAGAGCUAUGCCACACAGGCUGGGGAGGAGGGCGGGCUCACCAGGGAUGCCAGGGUGGUGGGUGAGGGGCAGUGGUGGCUGCAGCUCAGCAGGGAGACCCUGAGCUCUGCUAAGGGGAGGCCUGGGGACCAGCUGUCUUUCAGUCUCUCCUCAGCCUAUGACUUGGGCUCUGCAUGGAGGUUUCUAGCUGGACAACCUAUACAAACCUUAGUGUCAUCCAGAAUCACUCCACUAUAACCUUGUUAAGGAGAGAUGCAGAGCACCCCUGGGAGCCCAGCACCUGGCGGGCUGUCUUCUUCGUUGGUCCUUACACCCACUGCGACCACGUACACCACCGAUGAAGCGGCUGUUUCCUCAACCUGCUACUUUGGCUCAUAAGGGCCCUGCACGUUGCCUCCUACCACCUGAGCUCUGCCAGAAUACAGUGGUUUCCAAUAAAAGUGGCAAAGUGCUUCUGAAAUAGACAAAUCCCAACUUUCUCAGUUUAGCCAGAGACCUGAUGUUGCAAUGCACUGAUUCUUCCCAGUUCCAGGAAUGUGGCACAUACACAACCUGUUUUAGGUCACAUGUAGAAAAGGUCAUCUAGUGUGGACCUUAACUUCUUACUCUAAGGACAGAUUUGUCAAGGAGAAUGCCCAAUCAGGCCUAAAGUGCCCCUGGUUGUACUUUUUCAUCAUUGGUUUGACUUGUUUUCCAGCAAUUCCCUUAAUCUGUGGGAAAUGCAACAAAUACAUAUAACAAGAGGAGCUGCUUUGCUUUGGCUCCAAGUUCAGCAGACGGCACCUGUUUCCUGAAGCUUCUCCUUAAAGGACGCUAUUACGGAUUGGCUUUUCCCAUUUCUGACCAAUUAGCAGUUUCAUAGACCUCAAGUAACAGUUUGAUGUACCAAACCACAUAGUAUAUACCACUAGGGGUGCUACCUGCACGUAUCUCUGUGCAUCAAUUAGGCAUUCCAGGGCGUACAUUGUAUGCAAUAUGAGUAUAUGGUGGCAGCAUUUACAGUACUUUCCUCCUGCUCACACCCCAGUGCUCCACAGCAAUCCUUGGUCUAAAGAACUCCCUGGUUCCCCUCUGACCUGGGCACUUCCUCAAAAGCUCAUCCUUGAUUCCUGUAGAAAUGUCUUGUCCCAACCAGGAAAUUAGUAUGUUGUUCUCAUGGCCUCCCAUGAUUAUUUUUGG